CUUUGAUUGAUUUCGAUUGUGUUCUGGCAAACGUAAAUAUUGUUUCUUUAAAAUUAUUUGUAAUUACUAUAAGUUAAAGUCAAUAUGCAAAGUGCAUAAAGUUAAUGCAGAAUUAAAUUAAGUAUGUAAGUAAGAAAAGCGCAGCACAUUUAAUUGAAAAGUAUUAAACAAACAGCUGGUUACGCAAAUCCCAUUGACCGGGUUCAUUAGAGUUCAUAGAAUUGAUUUUUGGCCAUUACGUGAGUCGGCGAUUGCUUAAAGACUCAAGUGCUAUACAAAGCAAAAGCAAAAGCAGCUGCCAGAAUGUGUAUGUGUCUCUGAGCUGUGUAUGUGUGUGUGCGUGUGCGUGUAAUGCUCCCAGCCUCCAAGAGCAAACAGACAAACAAAUAAACUCUCAGUGUGCGUCUGGCGAGCGAGCAAGAAACAACAGACGGAGGAUCCAUCUUUCUAGUGUCAUAUAAACAAAUCGUCGUAGCUGCCCGCCCCAUCGUAUUCGUGUGUGUGUGUAUGUGUAUGCGAGUAGGGCAUAUCAAAACAUAAUGUCUCGUUUAACAAUUUGGCCAAUGCUGCUGUGCAUCAUUGGAGCUUUGGCUUUAGUUGGACCGAUGCCCGCCAACGGCGCCGUUGCCAACACACACAAGCAUGAGAAGCAUCUGAGCAAGGAACGGGUAAAGGAUGGGAGCUAUGUGCCAAGGGAUGGACAUCAUCAUAACGAUCUAGGCGAGCACAAUGUGGAGUUUGAUCAUGAGGCUAUCAUAGGCAAUACAAAAGACGCUCAAGAAUUUGAUACCCUCUCGCCGGAAGAAUCGAAGCGACGUUUGGCGAUCCUCAUCGAGAUGAUGGACUUGAAUAGUGACAAAUUUAUCGAUCGACACGAAUUAAAAGCAUGGAUAUUAAGGUCCUUUAAGAAACUGUCAGAAGAGGAAGCGGCGGAUCGAUUUGAGGAAAUCGAUCAAGAUGUGGAUGAUAAAAUUACAUGGAAGGAAUAUUUGCAGGACACCUAUUCCAUGGAGGAUGAGAACUUUAAGAAGGAGUUAAUUGAUUUCGAUAGCUACGAGGAGGAGCAAAAGAUGAUCAAGCAAGAUAAGGAAAUGUUUCACGCAGCCGACACAAACAAGGAUGGUGUACUGAAUCAGGAGGAAUAUGUGCUCUUCCAAAAUCCUGAAGAGCAUCCACAAAUGUUGCCCGUACUGUUGGAGCAUACAAUGCAGGAUAAGGAUCAGAACCAUGAUGGCAAAAUCGAUUUCCAAGAGUUCGUCGGCCAAGCAGCCACGCAUCACGACAAGGAGUGGCUAAUAACGGAGAAGGAACGAUUCGAUAAGGACUACGAUACGAAUGGCGAUGGACUUUUGACUGGCAAUGAGGUGAUCUCAUGGAUUACGCCCAGCAACACGGCCAUAGCGGAUGAUGAGGUUGACCAUUUGUUUGUCUCCACCGAUGAGGAUCACGAUGAUCGUUUGUCCUAUCUGGAAAUUCUUAAUAACUAUGACACAUUCGUUGGCAGCGAGGCCACCGAUUACGGCGAUCACCUACAGAAUAUACAUCAUCUGAGUGAUGAACUGUAAAAAAAGAAGUUUAUCUUACGAAUUUAACUAGAGAAAUAUCUGUGCUUAGUAUCUUUGUAUUUUAUUCAUUUAGUUAGUUAAAUUUAAAUUGAUGUACUAAUUCAUGUGACAUAUAUAAUGCAGAUAUACAUAUACCCUUGUAUUUAACAGUUUUCAAUUUACUUUACACACGAUCGUAGUA